AUGGACAUAUUACCUGAUCAUUUUCGAAUGUUACGGUAUCUAGGUUUGUGGUAUCAAGCAGAUGAAAGCUUUUGGAUAAUUAAAGAAAUAUAUUCAAUUGUCACUAUAAUUAUGAUUUUUAGUUUUAUCUGUCUGCAAGUUGCAGCAACAUCAGUCUUAGCUAAUGGUAAUUUGAAAAUUUUUAUCGAGACUUUGUCAAUAGUAUUGACCUAUAUUAGUUUCUUCUUCAAAAUGAUAAAUUUUAAAAUUCAACGUAAAAAUAUGAAUAAACUACUGGAUAGUUUUCGAAUGGAAAUUUGCCAACCAAAGACACCACAGGAAAAUAAUAUUAUCCUAGACCCAGUUGAUCUUACAAAUCCAACUGUUUAUGCCUUGGUAUAUUUUUACGAGGUGUUGAUGAAUAUUAUAAGUGUUUUGUUACACAUCGUUUUAGACAGUAUGGGAGUAUCAUUUAUUUGCUUAAUUUCUGGCCAGUUAGAGCUGUGUUGCUAUAGAAUCGUCACUUGGAGUGAAAACGUAGAAAAAUUCUCAAGGAAAAAGUCAAUAAAAUAUAUUGUUAUGCAUCAUAAUUUAAUAAAAGAUAUAUUUCAGAGAACGGAAAAUUUUUUCAUGAUUAUAAUAAUACCGUUUUUCUCAAUAUGUUUAUUGGUUAUUUGCCUCGUUUUGUUUCAACUGGUGCAGAAGAAUGUUUCCUUUAGCGAGCACGGCGUUUUGGCAUUAUAUUUUUUUACUUUAAUCAAUGAGGUAUUUUUGUUUUGUUGGUUUGGCAAUCAGCUAACAGUGAAGAGCGAAAAGAUAUUGAAUGCAGUGUAUAAAAGUAAUUGGCUAGAAUUAACGACAAAGGAUAGAAAAUCAUACUACUUUGCAAUGCUUAUGGGUGCAAAAGGAUUAACAAUGUCCUACCACGGCUUAUGUCAGCUUUCUGUAAAAACUUAUGCUUGGAUAAUUAAAAUGACUUACACGGUCUUUAAUUUACUUCAACGAGUUCAAAUUAAUAAUUGA